GCCUCAGGCAGUCCGAACCGGCUUCCCUGCGGCAGGUGCUCCGGGAGGACCUUACCUGGAGGAGCGAGGACGGGCACGGGCCGGCCACUGGGCAAGAUGCAGCAGGAGCGGACCGUGCGGCUGCAGUACGGGAGCCGCGUCGAGGCGGUGUACGUGCUGGGCACGCACCUCUGGACCGAUGUCUACAGUGCGGCCCCGGCCGAGGCCCAGACCUUCAGCCUGAAGCACUCGGAGCGCGUGCGGGUGGAGGUGGUGCGUGACGGGCAGGCCGAGGAGGUGGCCACCAACGGCAAACAGCGCUGGCUUCUGUCACCCAGCACCACGCUGCGGGUCACCAUGAGCCAGGCGAGCACCGAGGCCAGCAGUGACAAGGUCACCGUCAACUACUACGAGGAGGAGGGGAGCAUGCCCAUUGACCAGGCUGGGCUCUUCCUCACGGCCAUCGAGAUCUCCCUGGAUGUGGAUGCAGACCGGGAUGGCGUGGUGGAGAAGAACAACCCAAGAAAGGCGUCCUGGACCUGGGGCCCUGAGGGCCAGGGGGCCAUCCUGCUGGUGAACUGUGACCGAGACACACCCUGGCUGUCCAAGGAAGAUUUGAAGGACGAGAAGGUCUACAGCAAGGAAGACCUCAAGGACAUGUCCCAGAUGGUCCUGCGGACCAAGGGCCCCGAACAGCUCCCUGCGGGCUACGAGAUCGUUCUCUACAUCUCCAUGACGGACUCCGACAAAGUGGGCGUGUUCUACGUGGAGAACCCUUUCUUCGGCCAGCGUUAUAUCCACAUCCUGGGCCGCCAGAAGCUCUACCACGUGGUCAAGUACACGGGCGGUACCGCAGAGCUGCUGUUCUUUGUGGAAGGCCUGCGCUUUCCCGACGAGGGCUUCCCGGGCCUGGUGUCCAUCCACGUCAGCCUGCUGGAGUACAUGGCCGAGGGAAUUCCCCUGACACCCAUCUUCACGGACUCCGUGGUAUUCCGGAUUGCUCCGUGGAUCAUGACCCCCAACAUCCUGCCUCCCUUGUCGGUGUUCGUGUGUUGCAUGAAGGACAAUUACUUGUUCCUGAAAGAGGUGAAGAACCUGGUUGAGAAAACCAACUGCGAACUGAAGGUCUGCUUCCAGUACGUAAACCGAGGCGACCGCUGGAUCCAGGAUGAAGUUGAGUUUGGCUACAUAGAGGCCCCCCACAAAGGCUUCCCCGUGGUACUGGACUCCCCCCGAGAUGGAUACCUGAAGGACUUCCCAAUGAAGCAGCUUCUGGGCCCUGAUUUCGGCUACGUGACCCGGGAGCCCCUCUAUGAACAUGUUACCAGCCUUGAUUCCUUUGGGAACCUGGAGGUCAGUCCGCCAGUGACUGUCAACGGCAAGACAUACCCCCUGGGCCGGAUCCUCAUUGGGAGCAGCUUUCCUCUGUCCGGUGGUCGGAGGAUGACCAAGGUGGUGCGGGACUUCCUCCAGGCCCAGCAGGUGCAGGCGCCCGUGGAGCUCUACUCAGACUGGCUGACCGUGGGCCAUGUUGAUGAGUUCAUGACCUUCGUCCCCAUCCCAGGCACAAAGCAAUUCCGGAUGCUCAUGGCCAGUACCUCGGCCUGCUACAAGCUCUUCCGAGAGAAGCAGAGAGAGGGCCAUGGGGAGGCCAUCAUGUUCAAAGGUUGGCAUCUCCAGUCUGCCUACUCCCAAAAGCCCGCGUUCCUAAGGCUGGUUGAUACUUACGUACAUCACUUUCCUCCAUAUCCAAAGGCAGUGUUCUUGAUAGUGGCUGGGGGCCUGGGCGGGAUGAGCAGCAAGAGGAUCACUAUCAACAAGAUUCUGUCCAGUGAGAGCCUCGUGCAAGAGAACCAGUACUUCCAGCGCUGCCUGGACUGGAACCGUGACAUCCUCAAGAAGGAGCUGGGGCUGACAGAGCAGGACAUCAUCGAUCUGCCCGCGCUGUUCAAGAUGGAUGAGAAACGCCAGGCCAGAGCCUACUUCCCAAACAUGGUGAACAUGAUUGUGCUGGACAAGGACCUGGGCAUCCCUAAGCCGUUCGGGCCGCAGGUGGACGAGGUGUGCUGCCUGGAGACGCACGUGCGCUCCCUGCUGGAGCCCCUGGGCCUCUGCUGCACCUUCGUGGAUGACAUUUCCGCCUACCACAAGUUUCUGGGCGAAGUCCACUGCGGCACCAACGUCCGCAGGAAGCCUUUCACCUUCAAGUGGUGGCACAUGGUGCCCUGACCUGCAGGGGGCUGCUGUGUGUGGGUCUCAGCCCAUCGAUCACCCGUGUUGGGGCUGGACCAGCCCUCGAGGUUCUUAAGAUUGCAAGAUGCCCUUCAGUAAUAACCGUCAGGAAAUUGGGGGGGAGGGAAGGAUUAUUGCCUACAGGACCUAGAAAUGACACGGCACACUUGGGGCCACACAGCGAGGUCACAGGGAGAUCACGUGGGCCUGGGGUUCUGCUUUUUUGGAGGGUCGGGGGUGGGGGGCAAGGGUUUUGCCGGCUCACUGUUUAUCGGGGAAUUUAAAACGUAAGAGCUGGAAUUUAAAACAUAGGAAGAGGAAAAUCCAGGGGCCCAGAUGGUCAGCUGUAGAAACCAACCAAACCAACCUUUGUUUCUAAGACAAAGGAGCCUGGGGGAGGGAGAAGCCUGGCUCUUUAAGGAGGCCUGUGGCCGGCAAUGGGCUUCUUGGAGACAGCGUCUUUGAAGUGGCUGUCUCAGCAAUCAAAGCUGAAGUCAGGCACUUGCAUCACCAAAGAGAGAAAACCCAGCUGGCGGGGCUUACCCGACAGGUGCCUUGGCGAAUCCCUCCUCCCUUCCUUCUCCAGACUCCUUGAACCCCCAGAGCUGCUCCUUGCCUGGCAAGGACUUGACAAGGACUGCUGCCCCACUGGGAGCCCUUCGGGAAGAAGGGAGGCAUUUGGGAUAUCCGCACCUUGUCAUCUCUCAGAAGGGCCCCAGCAUCCACUAAAGUCACCCCGGUGAGCCUCAACUCUGUCCUUCCUGAAAACAGCCGUGUACUUGGCCCGUGUCUGUAAUAACCCUGAUACUAAAAACAAAAAAAAAAAAAAAGGAAACAAAACCUGUGCACCCAAAUCAUUCCCCCGAAGUGUCCUUAGUCUCUUGUCCAAAACUGAAAGAGGGGAGAAGGGAAGGAGGUUCUGGAGCCUCUGGGAUCACCAGUUCUGGUAGCCACUCCCUGAAGGUCAGGUUAGAUCCCGUGGAAAGGGACCCUGGGGCCCCCCAGACAUACCUUGUACUGCUGUCAUCCUUUCAGACUCCACUCUCUUGGCGUGUCCAGGUGGCUGCCUCCACUCAGUCAUUCCUUCCCUGCCUCGCUCAGAUCCCCUCCGCUUGCCGUCUGCAGCGUACACACCAUUGACUAGCGUCCCAUUCCCUGAGGGUCCAAUAAUUUACCUUAGAACCUUCCCUGGAAGCAGAUUUUAUCAGAACAGCCUGCUCCGUUUUCAAUGCUCCUUAUACCUCAUCUUUCUGAUGGACACAGUCUCCCCCAAAUGUUGGGUCCCCCCACACCAGCAUCCUGUGCCCAAGAGUGCGGUGCAUAAUGACGCCUGGGCUCCCUGAUAGCCUUCUGCCGCCAUGUUCUCCAGUCUCUGGGCAGUCCCUGACCUCCCUCGUUUCCUGCCUCCACCCCCUAAUCCUGAUGCCAUCCCUCCAGGCAGCUAGACAAAGGACUUCUUCACCACCAGCCUGGCUCAGACCUGCCCCCAGGAUGCAAUGAAGGACCCACCUGCCCUCCCCAGAUCUUAGCCUCAACGUGUAAGGACCUGGCCCGACCUCCAGCCCAACAGCCAGUUCUGGGCCAGCAACUGGCCUUAGAUCCUGGGUCCCAUGGAAGUUCACCAGCACAUUUGCUGAGCAACCCAUCUUUUGGGUUUAACUAGAUUAAUUCCCUGGCUUCAACCACAAAAGACUCAGUUUCAACCAAAGGAAGAAAAGUGUAGGGCCAGCUGGCGUCAGGAGAAUAAGUAAAGUGUAAUUCCACUUUGGGAGUUUAAAAAGAGCCCAUUUAUAACCGAUGAAAAGGUUAUACCUCUGUAUUCUUGAGAGAACAGGGUUUUUCUUGGCUUAUUUCAUUCGUCCUACCAGCAAGCAUUUGUUGUAUGCCUACUAAGUGCCCGGCACAGUGGCGGGCUCUGAGGCUUUGGUGGUUAGCAGCAAACUGCACCUGUCCCUGCUUCGGGGAGCCAGUCAGGUCUCAACGUGCAACGGCCACAUCGAAAUGGCCAGCAUUUGCCAUUUCAGUGAUGCGCUGUUUAGCGAUGCCAACCUGCUACAUUCAGGAAACGCACAGGGCACAGAACUUCCUGUGAAUCACUGUUUCAGAUGAAGGUGGAGGGUUCUUUGGCAAGCAAGCUUCCUCUCCCAUCCAGCUGGGCCCGGACCACCCGACAGAUCAGACCCCAGAGCCUUCAGAAGCUGUCGUGCCCCCCUGCCUUUUGGGGCCAAAGCCCCUGAUGUCUGCAACCCCAGAGUGCCUAUUUGAAGUUUAUCGGGAGACUUAGAGUUUGUCGUGUGUGUUUGCGUGUGUGUUUGGUUAAUGUGGGAUUUGGGGUUUCUUUUAUUUUUUUUUCUAGUCUACCUUAAGGGGAAGUGACGCCUCCCAUGUAGACAGUGUGUGUGUUAUAGAUUUUUCUAAAACUCUUCCGAUCGGGAAGUCAGUAAUUUCUGAUGAUUCUGGAGCCCCCAGGACUCAGAUUCCUAUUAUCUGGUUUGCUCCCCACCCCGUGUGACUGCCUUCAGCGUGACGCCUCCCCACCCCAUGGACUCACUGCUCUUCCCCACCCCCCACUUUCUAUAAAUGUAGGCCCAGGAUACACUUCUGUGUUGCACAACUCAGCUACGUUCCUGUUUCGAUCUUUAUUUUGAAAUAUUCUGUGUAAGAGGGAGGGGGGUGUCGUGAAGAGGGUAAGAAGCAGGGCACAGUUCCAACUUUCUGAACAAGAGGCCAUGAUGGAGAUCAAAAGAUGUUUGGGGAAGAGCCUGAUUAAAUAGCAAUAAAAUAAACCAUCAGAGGAGAA